AUGGCAAGCACGCAGGUACAGUCUUUCUCUAUGCCAGGCGUUCCGGACGAGGAAGAAGUGGAAGAGACGCCCGUGACACGGAUCGCUAUUGACGACAGUAUUGACGACAGGGUGUCCGCCAUCAUCGACAAGUUGGGCUCUGUGAAGAGUUCGUCCUGGGACGAGGUACGUGGAGUCCUUGCCAAUUUGGACGACUUGGAUCUCGGCGACGACGUCUUGGAGCGUGUGAUGCACGCCUCAGCGGCGAAGUUGCACUUCUGGGCUGACGAGGAGCUGAUUGCCUCCUGCUGCGAGGUGCUGAAAGCACGCCUUCACCAUCCGCAGAGCUCAGUUCAGCUCCUCGACGCAGUAGAGGAAGCCGAGCUGUGUGAAGCCUCGGGCAUCCAGGCUGUGGCCCGGCGCCGGAGCAGCAAAACCAGCGUUGGCUCCAGAUCUUCCAAAGGCUCCAGAUGCUCCAAGAGCUCAACACGCAGUCUUUGUGACUCGACUUCGCUUGCUUUCAAACAGGUAGCGACCGAUGCGAAAGUGUCUGCUGACAUCAUGAAGACGUCGAAAGCAGAAUCCAAGAAGGAAAAUAUGAUACUGCAAGACGUGGCUGCUUCUCGGCUGGCGCAGUUCAAGUAUGCACUUUGUUUUUUCGUUACCUUCCAGAUGGUGAUCUUUGCCACUUACGAGUUUUACUACACCACGCCCAAGACUUGGCGCCUCAUCGGCUUGCCUGUCCCUGUGGCACGUGGCUUUGCUUACGGCGCAUGCUUCUGGACGGGGAUCCUCUUCCUCACCAUGUCCCGCGACUUCUUGUCUCUCCUGGCGCGGCGGCCAUGUGUGCAGAGGUCGCAGCUUCUCAUGCAGCUCAUCAACUGCCAAAAAGAGCUCCAUAUUUUCAGUUCCUGGCAGGUUCUGUUGGAUAGCUUUGUGCACACGCUCGCGCAUCAUAUUGGAACCUUCACUGCGCUUGAAAGAAGCACAGCUGAAGAGCUAAACGAAGCUUUCGUUUGCGCGCGAGAUCCCACGGAGCUACCUGCCGGAUACCUUGGCAAGGCAGGGGUCUUUUUGAAGAGCUUCCAAUAUCCGAUUUGCCCACUGCCGGCAAAUGCAGACAUUGGCUACUUCGAUGGUGUUUUCUCCACACCAGGAAUUACAGGCUACCUGCUGCUGAUCGUGAUCUGCCUCUUGGGCUGGGCUUCAGGCGCCAAAGUGAGGCAUGCACAUUUCCGCGUCUUCUACCAAUUCCACCACUUCCUGGUGCCUGCUUGGGUCACACUACUGGUGCUCCAUGGUGCAAACGGCUGGGUGGGCCUUGGCUUUCCGUUGGUGAUUCUAGUUGCUGGGAUUCCCAUUGCUGCCUACACAUGGACUCGCAGCCGCCGUGCCUACCUCGCAUGGCUUUGCCCUUCCACAGUGCUGGCGGCUGAGAAGUCCAUGAAUGGCAAGCUCGUCCGCAUCGAAGUACAGUUAAGCUCUGGCUACCGCAAGUGCAACGUUGGAGAAUAUGCCUACAUCAAUAUUCCGAGCAUUUCUCGAUUCGAAUGGCACCCUUUCACCAUCAGCAAUAGCAAGGAUGAUGAGACGGGAGGCCAGCUGAUCACUUUCUGCAUUAUGAGCGUUGGCCGCUGGACCCAGAAGUUGAAGGAUGCCUGUGCCGGCCAUGCCUUCCCGCGCGUGAACAUCGACGGCCCGUUCUAUGCUCCCACCGUCAGCAUGCCUUUGCACUCCAUGGUCGUGGGGAUCGGCGCCGGCGUUGGAGUGACCCCAUUCUUAUCCUUCCUUGGAAGCCUUGCAGGUUCGCAAGUUUCUCAAGAGCGCCAGCAUGCACAUGUCUUUUGGAUGUCGGCCUGGGCCACUGACUUCCUCCUCUUCAAGGACCUCUUUGCCCAGCUCGAGACUCAAGGUGGGGGUGGCCACACGAAGUGCCACCUCCACGCCACGCCGCGGUGGGAAGGUAGAGGCCUGGGCUGCCUUUUCGACCUGGCAAGUCGUGAGAUUUGGAACGAUUGGGUGCGGCGCCUUGCAGCAAGAAGCAGCGAGACGGUGCCCACUUUCUGCCACUAUCCCAAGCCCCUGCAUGCAGUCGUCUCAGGCAGCACGCUAGAGUCGGAAACACCCUUGGUAAUUGUGAUAGGCAGGCCGGACUUCGUUGCAGAGCUUCUAGCCAUCGGUCAUGCGGACCUGCGGGAGCAUGUUUUCGUUUACUGUUGUGGCAACGACUCACUCAAGGAAGGAAUCCAAACGGCGUGCGUUGCCUGCAACAAGCACAACGAAAGCAGUGGCUACAUGCAGCGCUUCUAUUUCUACCAUGAGCGCUUUGGCUGA